AUGGCAUUUAAUAUUACAGAACAAUUCAUACCAAACCUUGAACAUCCGACAGCUCACCGCCAAGCAAGAUUUGGUUACAUUCCCCUUUUUGGGUUAUUACUUGCAAAUGUACUUUCCAAUAACGUGUUGGCUAAGUACGCACCCCUUGGAGCUCUGCGUCUUAGCUACGAUCCAGUGCCAUGGCUUCAGAAGCAGCCUCUCCAAAUACAUGGCAGUAACAACUACUGGAAUUCCGUGAGCAAUCCUUAUGGACCUCCUGCUCCUGUUGGUUCCUCUGAAUCUACCGACAGUACCAUUCAGCAUAUUCAUCACCAUCAUCACCUACCAACAGCAAACCAACAACAAAUUGUGAAUAUAAAUGAGAGACCGACAGAAAUAAUUAUAGGGGAGGGUGAAGAGGUCGAUGGUACUGAACAGGGUGAAACACCCUCUCCUGUUAUAUUAACAGAUGAAAUUGCUCCUUUAUCGAUAUUACGCAAUAGUUUAGAGAAACCACACCAUGACGAACCUGUUGUUGCUGAAUCCAAAACAUUACCAGUAGGAUUAUUAGCUUUCUUGGCAAAUUCUACUACACCAGUAUCAAGAAAAGUAAAACGCGGUACAAGUAGGUAUUCGAAACCUCGAAAAAAUAACAAGUAUACUUCCCAAAAAAGGAGAAAAUCAACAACUACAACUCCGGAUUACUACUAUGAUAGCUACGAAGAAGAAGAAGAACCUACAACUACAACUAGAAGAUACCAAUCAAGGCGAAAAGUAGUACCUCACCAGAAGAGACCGAUAGUUGAUUCGUACGAAGAAAGCGAAAGUAGCAUCAGUAACAGCUACAGUGAUUUAAGCAGAGAAAGUCAAGAGUACGACUAUGAAUCGUAUGAGUAUACAACUAGACCACCUUAUAAAAAGAAAAGGCGUACCACUACCACGACCAAAACAACUUCUACUAAUAGACCAAAACGUUAUCGAAACAAGUAUAAGCCACGAAAACCACAAAAGGUUAUUUACCACGAUGAAUAUGAUGAGAUUGAGUAUGAUAUUGAUAGAACAGAACCUUCCACAUCAAGUACCACUGAUUCUUUAAAAGUUCGACAUCAAGAACUACUUUUAAGACAGCAAGAAGCUUUACAAAGACAACAAGAGCAACUGCAGAGGCAGCAAGAGAUACUGCAAAGACAACAACAACAAAACGAGGAAACAACAACUAACAAUCCAUCUCAAACUACUACUACGGCAACCACUACCACCACUACAUCAACAACUAGUACAACUCCUAGCACAACAACUAUUAUCACUAUGUUAAUAGAAGGGAAUACUACAGGAACGGGAAAUAAUACUAAGAAUACUACUGGAUAUGGUUACGGCCCAUCUAACGGCUACGAAAGCAUCAGCAUAACUUACAGCCCCUCCGGAGUCGGUGCUGGACCGAGCUCAGUGGGAUCUUCGGGAUAUUCACCUCCGUCUCCAAUAUAUUCUAAUCCAAGUCAAACCUACGGUGCUCCAAGUCCUUCGUAUGGACCGCCCCAGCCGACUUACGGUCCACCCAAGCCUUCGUAUGGUCCUCCGAGCAACGCAUACGGAGCUCCAAGUACUGGUACAGGGUUCAGCCCAUCGGUCAGUGGGUACUACCAAGUACCAUUCGGAGACUGGUAUAGUAAUGAAGUCGGCAGGAAUUCUAUUGUUAAAAAGGUUCACGAUAUCGUUGGUUUUGACAAUGUUUUUAAAAAAUAA